GAGCUCCGCGCUGGGACGGAACCCGGGUUUCUCUCAAACCCGGAAUGUGAGGCCUGGGCUUGGCUGUCUCUGGCUCCGUGCCGCGCUGUUUACCCGGGCCUGCGUGCGCCGCUGCUACCCUACAGCUCGCCCGGGAGGAGCCAGGGCGGCCGUGCGCUUCUGCCCUGUGGCCGCGUGGCUGCCGCCGCCCGUCCGAAUCCUUCGGGGCCGCAGAGGAGUUCGCUACGGAGGGAGGCGGGGGCCUUCGGGAGGAGGAGGCGGAGGAGGCGGAGGAGGAGGGAAGGAAGAUGGCGGCCGUGGAACUAGAGUGGAUCCCAGAGACUCUGUAUAACACCGCCAUCUCCGCUGUCGUGGACAACUACAUCCGCUCCCGCCGAGACAUCCGCUCCUUGCCGGAGAACAUCCAGUUCGAUGUUUACUACAAGCUUUACCAACAGGGACGCUUAUGUCAACUGGGCAGUGAAUUUUGUGAAUUGGAAGUUUUUGCUAAAGUAUUGAGAGCUUUGGAUAAAAGACAUUUGCUUCAUCAUUGUUUCCAGGCUUUGAUGGAUCAUGGUGUGAAAGUUGCUUCAGUCUUGGCCUACUCAUUCAGUAGGCGGUGCUCUUACAUAGCAGAAUCAGAUGCUGCAGUAAAAGAAAAAGCCAUUCAGGUUGGCUUUGUUUUAGGUGGCUUUCUUUCAGAUGCAGGCUGGUACAGUGAUGCUGAGAAAGUUUUUCUGUCCUGUCUUCAGUUGUGUACUCUACAUGAUGAGAUGCUUCAUUGGUUUCGUGCAGUAGAAUGUUGUGUGAGGUUGCUUCAUGUGCGAAAUGGAAACUGCAAAUAUCACUUGGGUGAAGAAACAUUUAAGUUAGCUCAGACAUAUAUGGAUAAACUUUCAAAACAUGGCCAGCAAGCAAACAAAGCUGCACUAUAUGGAGAACUGUGUGCACUACUCUUUGCAAAAAGUCACUAUGAUGAGGCUUACAAAUGGUGCAUCGAGGCAAUGAAAGAAAUCACAGUGGGCUUACCAGUCAAAGUUGUGGUGGAUGUUUUAAGACAAGCUUCUAAGGCUUGUGUUGUAAAACGUGAAUUUAAGAAAGCAGAACAGUUAAUUAAACAUGCAGUGUAUUUGGCACGGGAUCAUUUUGGAUCCAAACACCCAAAAUAUUCUGAUACACUGCUAGAUUAUGGGUUCUACUUACUCAAUGUAGAUAAUAUCUGUCAGUCUGUUGCAAUUUAUCAGGCAGCCCUUGACAUUCGGCAGUCAGUGUUUGGUGGCAAAAAUAUUCAUGUAGCAACAGCUCAUGAAGACUUGGCUUAUUCUUCUUAUGUUCACCAGUAUAGCUCUGGGAAAUUUGACAAUGCACUCUUAAUUAUUUUUCAGGAAGCUGAAGAAAUGCAUAUCAAAGCAAUUCAGAUAAAAGAGCAACUUCUUGGUCAAGAAGAUUAUGAAGUAGCCCUUUCAGUGGGACAUCUGGCUUCUCUGUACAAUUAUGACAUGAAUCAGUACGAAAAUGCUGAGAAACUUUAUUUGCGAUCUAUAGCGAUUGGGAAGAAACUGUUUGGUGAAGGCUACAGUGGACUAGAAUAUGAUUACCGAGGUCUCAUUAAACUUUACAACUCCAUUGGAAAUUAUGAGAAAGUGUUUGAAUAUCACAAUGUUCUGUCUAACUGGAACCGGUUGCGAGAUCGUCAGUAUUCGGUGACCGAUGCUCUUGAAGAUGUUAACACCAGCCCCCAAUCCACUGAAGAAGUGGUGCAGUCCUUCUUGAUUUCUCAGAAUGUUGAGGGACCGAGCUGCUGAGGGAGGACCUCAGUUAACUAAUUUACCUUUUCCCAGAUUCCAGGGAAUUCAUACUGUGAAAUCAAAACCAUGUUGUUUUUUGGGGCUGGAAUUUGCAUUGAAACACUGGUCCAGUCCAUUGACCCUAUUUGGGUGAUCCCUACCUUGCAGAGUGUCCGUAGGAAUAAGCAUAUAUUCAGUUAUAUUCAGCAUGUACCGCAUGUAUAAGUAGUCUGGCCCAUAUUUUCAACCUCGUAGAACAAACAACAGGAAAUCUUUUUUUUUUUUUUUCCAUUUUAAAAAAUAAUUCAUUUUGCAGAAAGCCUGAAAAGAACCCCUAAAUAAAACUAUUUAAGAGUUUAAAAGAGUUGCAUUCUUAUUAUGUAAGGAUGAUUUUAACAACUUUUUAACAUAUUCUUCCUUGUGGAGGUAUUCAAUACUGUAUUGUAAAGAAAUUUUAUGGGGAAAAUCUUUAUAUGCAGUAUAGAAAAGUUAACACAGUACUAGUAGAAGAGGGACAUCCUGACUUAGGUUUGGCUACCUUACCCAGAGAAGUGGAUACAGCCACUCCAGAGCUCUGUUACAGGGAAGGAUUGUCAGAUUCAUCUGAACUGGACCAGUGUUGAUCUGUAAGUAAUAGAAAAGCUGACAGACCAGCAGUUUUAUUAACCCUUUGGUUGUUUCAGGGUUUUUUGGUACAACAAUGCAAGAUGCUCUGAAAGCGUUUGCGAACAGGACCAGGAGGACUUAAAAAGGACCAGCCUAAUGUAGAAAGGGGUUAUUUGGACCAGAGGCUGUAGGUAAUUAUUUUAGCCCCUGCAUAUACUUUUAUCAGUAGAAUGUUUCAUUUAGAGGUAUAAUGAAAAGUGAUAAUGCAAAAAUUAUAUUAAUGUAAUUAGACACCAAACUAGGGAGAUUUGGCAAUUUCGAUGGUGUAUCUUUAGUCAGUGUGCACAGAUGGCAGUGCCAUAAGCAAGUCUAUAAAUAUCUGCUGCAACCAUCCCCCUCAUUUUAAAUGUUACCCUAAUAAUCAAUGCAAUUAACAAGUAUAUUGGCUAAGAGUCGUGAAAUAAGCUCAUGGGUGGGAACUUUAGGUUACUAUAUGGUUUGUGGGGAUUAGUGGAAAAAUGAAUGCCCAAAAGAAGCAAUUCUUAGAGAUCCUUCAUUUUUAUGGUAAAUAAUAGUACAGCUGUGUCAUUUUAUUUGAAAUUCAAGAGUCAAAUGCAGAGAUCCCCUAAUUAUAUAUGUUUCACUAACUUGUCUUCCUGUUUAUUGGGUUUUGAUUUUUGUAAUCUUAAGCCAGUCAGGUUAUUUAAUAUUGAGGUAAUUAAUACUCAGAUUUGGAAAGUGACAUGUAGCAAUUAAGAAACAAAAAGGUCUUUUGCUGUUACCUCAAUUCUUACUGUAGUGGCCUAUGUGGUGCCUCUGUAGUUAAGAAUCAGGGUUUUCCCCCCUAUUUUCAGGGGUUCAUGACUUGGCUGUCAGAUGUUGCUCUUGGCUAAUGCUUGGAGUAGUCUGUGGGUGAGUGGAUGUGUGUUGAAUUUUGGUUUUCUUUUAACAUGCACGCUGGGGUUGGAGGGGGGAAGAAAUCUAAACUGCCACAUUGAGUACAGAAAAAUUAAUUGGAGAUUUCAGGUAAAUUUGAUUUUCAACACUUUUUGAACUUCCCAAACCUAAUCUUGUUUAAAACUGUUACUUGCAGUCUUGUUAGUUAUGAGCCAGUGUUUUUAAGUCCCCAGGAGGGGAUUGACUGGGGGAGGUACAGGCAGAGAUGAAGCAAGCCCAGACCCUAAUAUUGUAACCGUGAUUUCAAAACCUGGGUUUAUUCCUCAAAUUGAAUUAUUUUCUUUUUCAUUUUAAAAAGAGUACAUUGGCACACCUGCUUCUCCCCUCCCAGUUAAUUGCAGUCUAAUGCCAAGAGGCACCUCUUUAUUAUUUACCAAAUAGUCUGUGUGACCAAGGACUAACAUUUAUUAAGUUACUCAGCUCUAUCCUCACAGGCCUAUAUAUUUAAUACCUCCAAAGAUAUUUCCAGGAUAGGCUUUGUAUACUUUUGUUGGUUAUUUAGAGUCAUGUGGUAUGUUUGUGGUAUAGGAAUGUCAUGGUAAAUUGUUUUUCAAUAAAUAUUUUGAAACUUAACGUUUCCAUAUGAAGUUUUUUUUUUUUUAAUCAAUCUGUAUCUUUUGGUUUUGUGCACAUAUAGCAUUUCCUAGGAUAAAAUCAAGCAAAUGAUUUAAGGCCUCAUCCUCUCUUAAUUCAGUUUGAGCUCAACUUAGCUCACACUCAGUGAUAAAGCAACAUGAUAUUUAGAAGCCUAAGAUCACAGGGUGAUAAUGUUAUGUGGCAGCCAGUUUUCCUAAAAAGCAUUGGUAGUUUCCCUUUAUUACCACUGCUUUAAUGUAGUUUUCUGUAAGUCCGUACACUUUGGUUUAAUGCAAAAACUGUAGGCUGAGAAGAGAUUGACAGCUUGUUAAUGAUAUAACAAAGAGUAUGUUAUUAAUUCUGGUUGUAAUGAAGAAUAAUACCCUAAUGAUUCUAAGUGUGGGAUUUAUCAUUCCUAGGGAUGUUUAGGGUAGCUUAGAGAGGUGAAUGUUAGUACUUUGUGGGGUUAAAAAGAAUCUCAAAAGAAUAAAAUUUACUUCACAAUAACCAAUAGCUUACACAAACUUUUCACAUAUGGUGGGGGUUGUGUGUAAGGAAGCCUAGACCAACUUAAAGAUUUCUCUGGAAGUUCAGCAAAGUAAUGUUAAGUAAGGGGCCUUUGGUCUCAUCCUUCCCUGACUUUCAUUUCUUCUCUCUUACCCAGUCUCUUUCCCAAAGUUGGUGCUACUCAGAUUGGGUGCAUCGGGAGAUGCACAGGAGAGCUCCUGUGCCACACAGAUGGUCAGUCACUCCUGCAUCCAGUGUAAUAGAACCAAUGGGGUUUUUUAGACCACAGUUUUUAUGGGUCCCCAAAGCUUUAGGACCCUUCUUGUCAUUGAAGCUCUGUCUCUCCUUGGUUAAAGACAAACUCACUGUUGCUCUGUAGUAAUCCGUGUGCAGGUACGUGGUUAAUUGAUUUGUGAAAUUAAAGAUUUGACAAAGGCCUUUGUUCCUAGCCUGUUUGGGAAGAGUUCAUAAUGUUGUGAAAGUUAAGUACAGAGGCUGCUACCUUAUAAAUAACUGUAGAGUGCCAUUUGGCAACUCCUUACAUGCACACAGAGUGCUCAACAGUCGGCACCUAAAACACGACGGAAGCUUUUGGCCAUACUGUACAAAUUGAAACAAUGGUUUGCUUAGUUAGCAGGUACUCUUAACUGCCACUUGGUCUUUAUUUUUUCCCCAGAAUUUGUAGCCUUGCUGCUUGCAAACUGUUCCUUUUCUGGAUGACAAAGUUACUACUGGAAAAAUACUUAUUUAUAUAAGUGCGAACUUUUUUAAGAGUUUUAUUUUUGCUUUAAAAAUUGAUGUAUAUAUUUCACCUCUUGGCUUUGGAGGACCUCAGUUCUUGCUAGGAAAAAAAAAAUUUUUUUUUUAAUCUGACAUUUGGAUUAAUCUCCAGCUUGAACACUAGUAGUUGUAUUGUCCACAAAUCUCAGGAAUGUGUUAGGCAGAAAACUGGUUUGACCCUGUCGGUGAUCUGAAGGAGUGUGCUUUAGGAUUUACUAAAUAAUACUGUUCUUUAAUUGCAGUCCUAGGUAUCUAUAGCAUGAGUGGCCUUAGUGAGUUUGUUGAAGUGCACAUUUUUUUUCAAAAGUAAAAUUUAAGAUUAAAAAUAUAUGCUAUAUAUAGAUAUCUAGAAAACCUGGUUUGUGGUGCACAAGUUAAGUGUUGGGUCACUAAAUAAUUGUCGCAGGUACCAUUUGUGUAACAUUACUCAUUUCUGUAUAUUCCUUUUAUGGAGAGAUGUUGCCAUGGUAACUAAAACUUUUCAGUGUAGUUCUACUUUUAUGAUGUGAAUGAAUGCUACAUUUUAUUAAAUAUUACCAAGUCAGUACUAUUUUUAUACUUUAUUAAGCAACAGGGGAUUUUAGUUUAAUAGGCUCAAGAGCUCUUAAUGAAACAAAUUACUAACAAUUCUUUACAUGAAAAUCCCCACUAAUAGUGCCACAGUAAUUUCUAUAGAAAUAUCUAGGGUCAUUGAGAUUUUUUUAAGACAAUUCUUCAUUGUGUCAGAAUGACCUUUCGUAUCAUCCUUAACACAAACUUGUAGUGCCCACCAUUAUUUGUAACCAUUGAACCAUACUAAGUAUGUUUGUAACCAGCAUUGUGAUAUAUUCUGUACUUGUAUUGCUAAAAAUGAAUUAUUGACCUAAUAAAUAUAGUGUUCCUGCAUU